AUGGCUUGUCGUGGUGGCUGCUGCUGUGGAUUUGGUCACCUGAAUGAAGACAAUGGUCGGUUCCUGUUGUUGGCCAUCCUGAUCCUCCUCUAUUUGCUUUGCGGAGCGGCUGUGUUCUCAGCCAUCGAGCAACCAAAGGAAAAAGAAGCCAAGGAAAAGUGGCAACAUAAGUUUGACAACUUUAUCCAAAAAUACAACCUCAGCAAAAGUGACCUACGCAACUUCCUACGUGACUACGAGGAGGCCAGUGUGGCCGGGAUCAGGGUGGACACCAUAAGACCCAGGUGGGAUUUCACUGGAGCAUUCUACUUUGUUGGAACUGUGGUCUCAACCAUCGGGUUUGGCAUGACGACUCCGGCCACCAUUACCGGCAAGAUUUUCCUGAUUUUCUACGGCCUCAUCGGAUGCGCUGCCACCAUCUUGUUUUUUAACCUCUUCCUGGAGCGUCUGAUUACAGUCAUAGCUUACAUCAUGAAAUCCUGUCACGAGAGGCAACUCAGGAGGAAAGGCGGCAUGCCACCCGAAACGCGUCGAGGAUCAGGUAACUCCGAGGUGGACAGUCUGGCUGGAUGGAAGCCGUCUGUGUAUUACGUGAUGCUUAUAUUAUGCCUGGCGUCCAUUAUUAUAUCCUGCUGUGCCUCCGCCAUGUACUCGCCCAUUGAAGGAUGGGGAUACUUUGACUCCCUCUACUUCUGCUUCGUUGCCUUCAGUACUAUAGGAUUUGGGGAUAUGGUCAGUAGCCAGAAAGCCAAAUACGAGAACCAAGGACUUUACAGAUGCGGCAACUUUAUCUUCAUCUUCAUGGGGGUGUGCUGUAUCUACUCUCUAUUCAACGUCAUUUCCAUAGUCAUAAAACAAUGCGUCAACUGGAUAUUAAAAAAACUGGAAUGUCGCUGCUGCCAAAAAUGCCAAAGAAAACUAUUCAGGACCAAGAGGAAUGCGGUGAUGCCGGGAAAUGUACGGACGAGGCGCAACAUCUCUAUAGAAACGGACGGCGUCUACGAGAGUGAGACGGAUGGCAGGAGAAUGUCCGGGGAGAUGAUCUCCAUGAAAGACUUCUUGGCCUCUAAUAAAGUCUCCUUGGCCAUCAUGCAGAAACAGCUGUCGGAGACGGCCAACGGCUGCCCGCGGCAAAUCGGCACAAGCUCCAGGCACAAUGGCUUCUCAGGGGGUGUGGGGGCAUUAGCGAUUAUGAAUAACAGACUUGCAGAGACUAGUGUGGACAGGUGA